GCGAGAGAGAGAGAGAGAGAGAGAGAGAGAGAGACUGUUGAAGCACAAGCCGCGGGAUCCCUUUCAGUGCAGGCAUCGCGCUUCAAAAUAAUAUCACUGCACCCUAAUAUUUAAAGCAUUUAUGGUGCUAUUCUAAAACCAUGAAGGCUAAACGGAAGAUCCCCGCGCUGUUUCUCAGUCUGAGUCUCUACUUUCUGUUGAGAGCAUCAGAUACCAAGUGAAACCAAGAGAGAGCACCACGCAAGCGCGCAAACAGGAGAUUGGACACCUGAUUCUGUUGGGUGUCUUUAGAGCGCUAUUUUACAUUUUACAAGUCAAACAAUCCGUGUUUUAAAGGCCCUCGCCGUGCAGUGGGGCAGAUACCGUGGAUUAAUAUCAGCGUGGACAAAUGAGGAAAAGAGGACAGAUCACUGCGUUGACUUUUGGAGCAACGCGCAGAGUCUUGACGCUAUAGCGUUACGCAUUUAUUUUACUGAGUGCUUUUUGUUCCGUUUGAAUUAUACUCGCUGCUGCAUCUCAACAUUAUUAAAGUCAAAUAUCUGUGGAUAAGGAACAGAGCAGGGUGUUGUCAGAGAGGGAUGAGAGGAGGAGGGGGCAGUAUGAGGUGUGCUUUUUUUGGAAGAGCUGGAGAAAGACAGACACCGAGAAGGUGUACUGAUGUGCGAAAGCCUGCGACGCGCUACCCUCCUGAGAAAUAAUUGCGAUCAGGGAAGAAAUGGCCUAGUUAAAACAUCAUCGACACACCGGCAGAGGAUAGAAAAGAAGAAUCGUGUUUAGAUGGACGGGCCAUCAUCAUCGUCAUCAUCAUAAUUCCGGUGCUUGCAUCGAGUCUUUUAGGUGUUAUUGGCUUCCUGUCUGCAGCUCUGGACCCAUCAGGAGUUCCAAAGAGGAAGACGGAUGAGACCACAGAGUCUACCUGAGAAUGCUACCUGUCCCUCUGCCUCACCUUGUCACCCAAGGAAAACUGUUAACCUCUCUGUCCAUAAAUCCUCUUUUUGCCUUUGUUUACUCCCAUAACCCACUGAGUUUGUGAUCCCUCUCUACACCCAAGUCCUAGUGAUAUGACUAAAAGAGCCUUUAUUUUGGACAUGUUGUUUUUUCCUCUCAAUGCUGCCAGCCACCAAGGCUAUGGUGGGAAGCGUCAUUAUACUUCUCAGCAGGUUGCUAAUCACUGUCUGCUGUGGUUCUUGGGACUAGUGCUAUACCUCACCCUUUCCUCAUGUCAACGAGUUGACUUGAAACACCCCAUAGUAUCCACAGGCUAUGGAAAGAUACGUGGUAUCAGGAAGGAGCUCAACAAUGAGAUCUUGGGCCCUGUGGAACAGUACUUAGGUGUGCCAUAUGCCACCGCGCCUGUCGGUGAGCGCCGCUUCCAGCCUCCUGAAGCUCCAGGCUCCUGGCAAGAGAUUCGCAAUGCCACCCAGUAUGCGCCAGUGUGCCCCCAGAAUGUGCAUGGGGUUUUACCUGAGAUCAUGCUACCAGUGUGGUUCACAGACAACCUGGAUGCUGCAGCGACCUAUGUUCAGAACCAGAGUGAGGACUGCCUUUACCUCAACAUCUAUGUACCCACUGAAGAUGGUCCGCUCACAAAAAAACAUGAUGAGUCUACAAUGAACAGACCAAGGGAUGAAGAUAUUCGGGAUCGUCGUAAGAAGCCAGUGAUGCUGUUCAUCCACGGAGGCUCCUACAUGGAGGGCUCAGGGAACAUGUUUGAUGGCAGCGUCCUUGCUGCCUAUGGAAAUGUCAUUGUGGUCACCAUGAACUAUCGGCUCGGUGUGCUCGGGUUUCUGAGCACAGGGGACCAGUCUGCUAAGGGGAACUAUGGCUUGUUGGACCAGAUCCAGGCCCUGCGCUGGCUCAAUGAAAACAUUGGCCACUUUGGAGGAGACCCAGAGAGAAUCACCAUCUUUGGCUCGGGAGCUGGUGCCGCCUGUGUGAACCUUCUCAUCCUCUCCCACCACUCCGAGGGCCUGUUCCAGAGGGCCAUCGCUCAGAGUGGCUCAGCCAUCUCCAGCUGGGCAGUCAACUACCGACCUGUGAUGUACACCAAGAUCCUGGCGAGGAAGGUUGGCUGCACUCUGGGGGACAUGGCUGAGUUGGUGGACUGCCUGAGGAGGAAGAGUUUCCGGGAGCUAGUGGACCAAGACAUCCAGCCUGCACGCUACCACAUCGCCUUCGGACCUGUGGUAGACGGGGACGUGGUGCCUGAUGACCCUGAGAUCCUCAUGCAGCAGGGCGAGUUCCUGAACUACGACAUAUUGCUGGGUGUCAACCAGGGAGAGGGCCUGAAAUUUGUGGAUGACAGUGAAGGAGAAGACGGAAUAUCAGCAGCCUCGUUUGACUACACGAUCUCCAACUUUGUGGACAAUCUGUAUGGAUACCCUGAUGGUAAAGAUAUCCUGAGGGAAACCAUAAAGUUCAUGUACACAGACUGGGCUGACAGGGACAACAGUGACAUGCGUAGGAAGACCCUCCUGGCUCUGUUCACGGACCAUCAGUGGGUGGCCCCGGCUGUUGCCACUGCCAAGCUGCAUGCUGAGUUCCAGUCGCCUGUCUUUUUCUAUACCUUCCACCACCACUGUCAGACCGAGGCAAGGCCAGAGUGGGCAGACGCAGCCCAUGGAGAUGAGAUCCCCUAUGUGUUUGGAAUUCCCAUGGUGGGAGCCACCGACCUGUUUCCCUGUAACUUCUCUAAGAACGAUGUAAUGCUCAGUGCUGUAGUCAUGACAUACUGGACCAACUUUGCCAAGACAGGGGAUCCUAACCUACCAAUUCCUCAGGACACCACAUUCAUCCACACCAAGCCCAACCGCUUUGAGGAGGUCAUCUGGACCAAGUUCAGCUCCAAAGACAAGCAGUACUUGCAUAUUGGCCUGAAGCCUCGUGUCAGAGACAACUACAGGGCCAACAAGGUGGCCUUCUGGCUGGAGCUGGUGCCACAUCUUCACAGCCUCCACAAGGAAAUCAUUAGCUCCAUCACAACUCGACUGCCGCCCGGAGGCACCAACCGCUGGAAGGGCCCUCACAGCCCUGGCACCCGCUCCACGCGCCAUCCCGUAAUCUCCACCUAUCCACCUGAUCCUGAGCCCGACGGUUCAGAGAGACCCCGCUAUUCUCCCUUCCCCAGUGAGACUAGGGACUACUCCACCGAGCUGAGUGUGACGGUAGCUGUGGGCGCCUCGCUUCUUUUCCUGAAUGUGCUGGCCUUUGCCGCGCUUUACUACAAACGGGAUAAGCGCCAUGAACUAAUGCAGAGACGCCACCGCCGACUGUCCCCGCAACGUGGCACGACGAUGGGCAUGGGUGUUGGCAUGGGAGUAGUAGGGGCCCCACCACACAAUGACCUGGCGCUGAGUCAGGAGGAGGAGCUAAUGUCGCUGCAGAUGAAGCAGCAAAGAGUGGAGCUGGAGCAUGGCACACCCCUCCCUUCCCGCGGCGUCCACGGUGACCUGGAACCCCUGAGGCCGCCUGUGUGCCCACCUGACUACACGCUGGCCCUGCGGCGGGCACCGGAGGAUGUGCCACUCAUGACGGCCAAUACCAUCACCAUGAUCCCCAGCACCAUCAGCAGCAUGCAGCCCCUUCACCCCUUCAACACCUAUCCCCCCGUCCCAGCCCCCUCCACUACACCUGUCCCCAGCCACAGCAACAAUGCCCUGCCACACCAACACUCCACCACCCGUGUAUAGGACCAGGCACAACCCUACUCUGGGCUUACAGAGACGCACCACACAAACUGCUCCAUACAAACUUCACUCUCACCGCCCUCUAUUCUUCUUUACUAUAUCUUUGUCUUUUCUCAUUAAGCCCUCAAAUAAAGCUGCAGUUUGUAAGAUUUUAAGCAGUGAAAUACCUCUAAAAUGUAAUCAUAAAUCAAGGGGGAGUUGAUUAAAAAAACUCCUUUGCCAGAAGCCUGUCAUCAUAGGUACAUACUGCUUUGCCCUGUUUCAAUAUCUCUUGCUACCAAACGCAGCUUUAAGCUUGUAGCUCUCUCUCUCAAAGAGGUAUUGAGCUAAUCACGAUCAGUCAGGCAUCUUAUGUGUAGCUUGGUUGUUUUGCGCAUGUGUUGUUGUGUCAGUGUAAAACUAUGUUUGACAUAGAAUACAUAUAUUAAUUUUCAUGCGUUUAGUGAAAAGAUAAUACAGUAGCGAGUAGCUUUGUAUGAGGCAACAUAUGCCCCAACAAGCUGUCUGUCAUAAAGCGGUGAUUUCUUGAAACUUACAAAUUGCAGCUUUAAAGGCCCAAUCUGGAAGUGAAAUUUGGCACCCUGUGUUGAGCACUAUAUCCCAACAGCUGUCUCUGUGUUCUGAUUUUGGAGACUUUUGUUUAGUGUGAAAUGUAUUGACAGCACUGGAAGCGCAAGGAUGAACUAUUUGACAUUUAAGCAUGAGUUUUUCAUUGAUUUUAAAACCUAAUUUCUGCUUUUUACAAAUUUAUGUACCUGUUUUCAGUUAGGAUGCAACCUAAAUGCCAUCAAAAGUCCUGCUUUUUAAAAAUCUGUAUACUCACAAAUGCUGCUUUCAGAACAUUUCCAGAUUGGGGCUUCAACUGUUGGGCGGUACAGGAAAUAACUGAAUCAUACUCAGUCUGUGGGAUGCAACCUGGAAUCCAGGCUGCCCAUUAGAACUCACUGCAUCUCCGCCGCACAGGCUCUAAUCAUGUCCAUUACUUUAUUUGUUUCUCGCUCAUUAUCUCUUUGUCUGCAUCCCCAUCUCAGCCCAUUUAACCGCUUCUCUCUUUUCGCUGCCUCACACUCUUUCUCUCUCUGCAUCUGCCCUUGUAGCUCUUCUUAUUAAACCAUUGACAUAAUCCAUUUCCAUCUUCACUUCUUUCCUCUUUCUCGCAAUCACUUCUAGACUCUCUUUUCCUUUUGGAGUCUUUUAUACAAAAACACAAAUGUAAAUGAUGUAUUAUUAAUAAAUUGUAAGGAUAUGAAUGAAAAAAAAGAUAUUCUGAUAUCUCGUUUUUACCAGCAUUCUUGGUGCCAAGUACUGUGAUAAAGUUCCUCUUUCACUGGCGUCCAGUGGACCGCCUGGAGAGGUCCAUCCUGACUGUAUCUUACAAAAGGAAUUACCAUCAUAAAAAGUGCCAACCCCUUCAUCUUUCUUUUUGAUCCACACACUUUUUUUUUUUUUAAAUUACACUCAAUGUUGCACUGUGGCUAGUCUCUUCUUUAAAAGGAAAUCAGAUUCAAUAUAUCCUCGUUUAAAAAAAAAAGAAUAUAAAGUUUUAUUAACUACUUUGCUGUCUGGGAUAUUUGCAUGAUGUUUUUUUUUAUAAAGAGUGUGGACAGAUAGGUUUGUUUGUCACUUUGAUGAUUUGCCUUGUUCUUCAUAGAUUUUUUUUUUAUUUUGAAAAUCAUUUACAUUUUCUAUUUUAAUAUCAGCUGCACUUUGUGGUACUUCAAAAAGGUAUUAAAGUAUUAAGAGAUGAAUAUUGUGUAAAACUAUGAUUAUAACAAAGAGAGUAAAUAUUUCCUCUUUAUUUUUUUCAUUUCCUAACACUGAGGCUGUGCCGCAAAACUACCAGAAAGACUGAUGAAAGCCUUUUUCUUUCCUCCCUCUUUUUGCUCUGUUUCUCUUUAUCUUUUGCAACUGUCAAGUUUGCAGUCACUGUAUCUCAAUCUCACCUGAAGAUAGCACUUUUUUAAGUUACAAAAAAAAAGAAACGACUGAAUACAUGAAUAGUCUAAAUAAGGUUUUUGUCUGUGAUGGACAUCAACCACAUGCUUCAAGUGUUUGAAGACUGCCUGACGGUUAUCUUUUCCUCUGCUCUUUUGUUGUUUCAUGAUUCUCCCGUCUGCAAGGUGGGAGAAAGGAUCAGAUAUAUUUAUGACGGUCAAAAGGUGAGAAAGCCUUGUAUGCGCGUUUCACAUCUUUCGCACAACUGAACACAGAGAAGGGUCACACUCUGGACAAUUCUGAAAAAAAAACCCAGUGACAUUAGGACAACACUGGACAAAUGCCGACAGUGAUUCAAUGGUGAUGACGAAAUAGCUCGUCAGUUACAGUAUGAUCUGUCAAUGCACAGAGGAUGCAUUCUAAAAACCUGAUUUAAAAAAAAAUCUUUAAUGACAGACAUUACUCAUACACCAUAUACCACAAAAGCAAGUCGGGGGGGAUUCCUUCCCCCUACUUGUUAUGUUCUGUAUCCUGUCUGCUUAGGAUAACAACACUCUGGAGCCAGACUGCCAUCCCUCACACUGGACUGGAGCGAGCUGCGAGGACAAAAGAACAAAAACCAACACACGAAACAAACUGUACAUUUUUUAAGUGUAAGAGAACAACCUGGAAUUUGUAAAUAUUAUGUUUGUCGUUUGGUUUGAGUGAUUGGCUGGAUCUUUUCUUUGUGACAACAGGUGCAAGUUUAGAUGACUUACGUGAUUUUAGCACUCAUGCGUAUGUUUGAUUCUCCUUUAUUUCCUAGAUCUCAAGAGCAAAUUCGAAUAGGUUAUGGGCACAUGAAUACAUCUGUUAACAUACAUGAACAAUUUUUUAAAAAUCACAGCAUGGUUGAGGUCAACAAAAACACAAAAAGGAAUGCUUGCAGCUCAGGUUAGCCUUGAUAUUGUGGUGAUAAAAAUGUUCUUACUGCAUAUAGGGCUGUCUAAAGCAUAACGGACACACCCGGCACUAUCCCAUCUAUCAUGAAGGCAGCUUUUGAGUGAAAUGAGUCCUUUCAUUGGUUAAAAAGCCAAAGAACAGCUGCAGAGAACAGAUGAAGGAAGGGAAAACGGAUGAUUCAAGAAAUGAGGCUGAAAAACAAGAGAUCGGGUGGAUGUUUCAAAUGUGCUCAACACAAACCACAAAUCAAGGAAUUUUACUCGUGAUGCUGUUGGAUUUAGUUGCUAGUGUCUCACCUUGUCUUGAGCAUUGUCAUACAGUAUAACCCGUAAUUCGGGGGUUGUGAAAUCCUUUGUACUCUUUUGGUCUUAUUUCAGACUCUAAUCACGGUGGUUGUUUUGCUACCUUUUGCAAUUUUGUCUGCACAUUCUGUUCAUGGGAUUAUUGGCCCAGCUGUGUGAUGUGAGUUUGAGUUGCCCACGCUUACAAAAACAGCACUGCAAAGACAGUUUUUUUGUUUUUGUUUUGUUUUUAUACAAGGGUUUGGACAGCCAGCAGAUAAUGGAAGCACACUCACCAAGUUUACAUGUUUACACUACAGUUUUGAUGUUGGCUUAAGGUAAGGGGGGAAAAAAAGAAAAAUAAAAGCAUUACAAGGAUCCAAAUAUCUUCUUAUUACAACAUUUCUUGCUGGAAUGGUAAAGUGAAGGCUUGCACCUGUUUGUCUGUUUCAUUUAGUCUGAUUCAGUAACCUGCUUGAAGCUCAAGAUACUGUGAGAGAGCAUAAUGAACAGAAGGGGUUGAAAGAAUUAAAGUUAAUAUUUCUAUUUCAAAUAGAGGCUAUUACACACUGUAUGUUGUGUAUCUGAACUGGAAAACAUUAAAAGACAUUCUUAAACAAA